AUGGUGCCGGGUGCCAUCCUGGCACGAGGGAGGGAUGUUUGUAAGCGGAACGGACUGCUCAUCCUGUCUGUGCUCUCUGUCACCGUAGGCUGCCUCCUCGGCUUCUUCCUGAGGACCCAGCGCCUCUCACCACAGGAAAUCAGUUACUUCCAGUUUCCUGGGGAGCUCCUGAUGAGGAUGCUGAAGAUGCUGAUCCUCCCGCUGGUGGUCUCCAGCUUGAUCUCCGGCCUCGCCUCUCUGGAUGCCAAGACCUCCAGCCGCUUGGGCGUCCUCACGGUGGCCUACUACCUGUGGACCACCUUCGUGGCAGUCAUCGUGGGCAUCGUCAUGGUCUCCAUCAUCCACCCGGGCGGGGCGGCCCAGAAGGAAGAGGCGGAGCAGAGCGGGAAGCCCAUCAUGAGCUCAGCCGACGCCCUGCUGGACCUCAUCCGGAACAUGUUCCCGGCCAACCUGGUCGAAGCCGCAUUCAAACAGUACCGCACCAAGACCACGCCCGUGGCCAAGGCCCCCAAGGCGGCACCGGAGGCGGCCCCUUCUCAGCGGGGCCUCAUCUAUGAGGUCCAGGAAGAGAACGGCUCUCACGUGCAGCACUUCGCUCUGGACCUGACCCCGCCACCCGAGGUCAUCUACAAGUCAGAGCCUGGCACCAGCGAUGGCAUGAACGUGCUGGGCAUCGUCAUGUUCUCUGCCACCAUGGGCAUCAUGCUGGGUCGCAUGGGUGAGAGCGGGGCGCCCCUGGUCAGCUUCUGCCAGUGCCUCAAUGAGUGCGUCAUGAAGAUCGUGGCAGUGGCUGUGUGGUACUUCCCCUUCGGCAUCGUGUUCCUCAUCGCCGGCAAGAUCCUGGAGAUGGACGACCCCACGGCCGUGGGGCAGAAGCUGGGCUUCUACGCCGUCACCGUGGUGUGCGGGCUGGUGGUCCACGGCCUGCUCAUCCUGCCCCUGCUCUACUUCUCCAUCACCAGGAAGAACCCCCUCGUCUUCAUCCGGGGCGUCCUCCAGGCCCUGCUCAUCGCCCUGGCCACCUCCUCCAGCUCGGCCACGCUGCCCAUCACCUUCAAGUGCCUGCUGGAGAACAACCACAUCGACCGGCGCAUCGCCCGCGUCGUGCUGCCCGUGGGCGCCACCAUCAACAUGGACGGCACCGCGCUCUACGAGGCGGUGGCCGCCAUCUUCAUCGCCCAGGUCAACAACUACGAGCUGGACUUCGGCCAGAUCGUCACCAUCAGCAUCACGGCCACCGCCGCCAGCAUCGGGGCCGCGGGCAUCCCCCAGGCCGGGCUCGUCACCAUGGUCAUCGUGCUCACCUCCGUGGGCCUGCCCACCGACGACAUCACCCUCAUCAUCGCCGUCGACUGGGCUCUGGACCGCUUCCGCACCAUGAUUAACGUGCUGGGCGACGCGCUGGCCGCGGGGAUCAUGGCCCACAUCUGCCGCAAGGACUUCGCUCCGGACACGGACACCGAGAAACUGCCGCCCUGCGAGACCACGCCGGUGAGCCUGCAGGAGAUCGUGGCCGCCCAGAGGAACGGCUGCGUGAAGAGCGUGGCCGCAGCCUCCGAGCUGACCCUGGGCCCCGCCUGUCCCCACCACGUCCCCGUCCAGGUGCAGCAGGACGAGGAGCCGCACGAGGAGCCGGCUGCCGCCAGCCCGGACCACUGCACCAUAGAGAUCAGCGAGCUGGAGACCAACGUCUGA